AAUGAACCAAGCUGCCAUCAACCUCAGAAAACAGCGCCAAAUCCAAGGAUCUGCAGAUCAACCAGACCCCAUUGAAGCAUUUGAUCACCAUGGAAAACCAGCGUAACCUUCCUACGGAGAUCGUAAGCGACAUUCUUUCCCGGGUACCAGUCAAGUCCCUGUGCCGCUUCAGGUGCGUAUCGAAGCCAUGGCUUUCUCUGAUCACUCACCCUGAUUUUGUCAAACUUCACUACAACAGAGCCUUUGAGAAAGAGGGUAUACUGCACCAGAGGCGACGAGUCCUAAUUGAUGUACCCGGAAGUAAUUCACUUUUCUCUUUCGGCAUCGAUGAGUUUCUCAAGCGAAAUGAUCAUGGCGGUGAUGCAGAGGUCGAGGAGAGUGAUAUUGACUGUGUUUAUUGCCAUGAAGAACUAGAUAGUGGCGUUAUGCUGGUGGUUCCAUGCAAUGGGUUGCUGUUUUUCACGGUGAGCAAUUUGGACUUGUAUUUGCUCAACCCAGCAACCAGGGAAUCUAAGAAACUCCCUGGACCUGAAGGGUUUGGGAUGGAUGGGUGUUCUUAUCACCUUUUUGGGUUUGGAUUUGAUCACUCAGCUGACGAUUACAAGGUGGUUUACGGGCGGUGCUUUGAUGAUGGAGUUGAUUUCGGCGUCUACAUGCUGAAAACCGGUUCUUGGCGUGUGAUCGAAGAGCGCUAUCCCUACAAACGCGCUGUAACUGAUGAUUCAAAGGGGAUUUUGGUGAAUGGAGGCUUCCAUUGGUUGUCAAGGAGAAUUGGAGAUCAGUCAAUAAUGAUCAUGGCUUUCCUCUUAGCUGAGGAGGAGGUUCGAGAGAUUGAAGCCCCGCCCGAUUUCACCGAAAGCGAUUUGAUUUAUUUCAGUCUUGGAGCCUUCAGGGAAUGCCUGUGUGUAUCCCAAUGGAUUUUGCAAGAUGCAGGAAAUCAUGAGUUUUGGGUGAUGAAGGAUUAUGGAGUGAGCGAGUCUUGGACUAAAAUAAAGCUCUCCAUUGUGAUGUUGGAUUCUGGCAACAUUUUGCCUACCCCUUACAGGACCAAAUCUCAUGAUCUGCUGUUUGCAAAGUGGAUAAGCGAUUUUUAUUUGUACAACUUUGAUGAUCACACCUUUUGCACCAUGUCGAUUACCCUAUUUCAGGAGUUUCGUGAUGCCGAGGUCUACUUGGAGAGCCUUGUUCCGUUGAAUUAGCAUGACAUUAUGGACAUAGCACAUCAAGAAAACCAGGACCUGUCAGCAUAACUUUUCCUUCCAUAAGUAGAAGGUGAAGAGAAGUCCAAGAUCAAAGAAGCAGUGGUGGUGUCAAUAACAGAGAAGAAAUCAAAACUUGUGCAACAAGUUUUAGCCCCUAAGUGAGGAAGUGCAUUGUGUGUUGGGCCAGACAUAUAUAUGGUAGC